CGCAAACCGCGCGUCAACUGUCGCGAAACAAACCACUACAACAACAGUACAACAAGAGCCGCGGGAGUGUGACACGCAUGUUAAUGCUAACAGCGGCAAGAAACGAAGUCAAGGGUCCGUUUUUCGGACGGUAGAGCCCGAUGUUACGGACGUAACGAAAAAUGGAGUCGAUCCAGACUGUUCUGGUCACCGGAGGCUCCGGCUUCAUCGGCUCUCACCUGGUAUGCGCCCUGCUCACCGCGCGCCCCCAGUGGAGGGUCCUCAACCUCGACGUGCUGGACUACUGCUGCAGCCCCCGGAGUCUCAUAAGUGUUCAGCACAUGGACAACUACUGCUUCAUCCAGGGUGAUGUGUGUGACCAGCGUCUGGUCUCUCACCUCUUCAACACCGAGGACAUCGACGUGGUGUUUCACCUGGCCGCCAUGACACACGUCGAGACCUCCUACCUCUGUCCCUCCCUCUUCCAGAGGGUGAACGUGGAGGGUACCCGGGUGGUCCUGGCCGCGGCCCGGGGGGCCGGCCACGCCCUGCGGCGCUUCGUGUACGUCAGCACGGACGAGGUCUACGGGGGCGGCGGCCUGCAGGUGUUUGAUGAAGACAGUCCUCUCAGACCAUCUAACCCCUACUCUGCUACCAAAGCAGCAGCCGAAUGCCUAGUUCAGUCCUACUGGGAUGAGUACAAGUUUCCAGUCAUCGUCACCAGAAGCAACAAUGUUUAUGGACCCAGGCAGUACCCAGAGAAGGUCAUUCCAAGAUUCGUGUCCCUCCUGCAAGCCAACAAGAAAUGCACCAUCCAGGGCUCCGCCCCCAAGUCCCGGCACUUCCUGUACGUGGACGACGUCAUCGAGGCCUUCCUAUUGGUCCUCGCCCAGGGGGCGGUGGGCGGAGUCUACAACAUGGGCGUCGGCCAUGAGGUGCCCAUCCUCCAGCUGGCCAGGGAGCUGGUCACGAUGAUUCAGGAUGUUCCGGAAACGCAACUGAGCGACUGGCUUGACUUUGUGCCUGACAGGCCGCGGCUGGAGCUCCGCUACCCAAUGAGCAGCGAGAAGCUCCGGGGGCUGGGCUGGAGGCCGAGGGUCCCCUGGACGGAGGGGCUCCGCAGGACAGUCGAGUGGUACAAAAGCAACCCAGACUUCUGGCCGGGCGAGUCCGAAGACCGCGGGAACGGGACCGGCAUGAUCACCUCUGAUUCAUGAUUUAGGAUUCAGUGUUUCUUACUUCAUCAGAAGGAAGAUGAGCUUUAUCUGACUCAACUCAAAAAAGCAGCAAGUUCGAUUCUACAUGUGUUUUUACCAAGUCAUUCAAGAAAGGGUUUUUAUAUUUAUACAUUUUUCCAAAGGCGAUAUAUUAUACCACCAGAUGUGAGUGAGACCAGGUCCGAACCUCCUGGAAACUGACUUAUGAAGUCGGCAAGAUAUCUAGGCGGACACGCCCACUUGUGAUGUCAGAAGAGUCCGAUCACACUCAUAACAAACAAUACGGUUCGUCACCUUUAAGGAAUUCACAGAUGCUUUGUAGUUCAAACUGAACAUUUUACUUUUGGGCCAAAACCUUGGGGCCAGUUUUAUCUGAAUAAUUGCCCGACGGGAACUUAUAAAGAAUACAAAGAAAUGUCUGGGUUUUGAUUCAAAUCGUUUGAUUACAUUGUAAAGACUAUUUUUGUACUGUAAAAUAUUUGCAUUCCGUUUGUGGUUGACAAAAAUAAACACAAAAUUAAUAACUGACAGAAUUGAUCGUUAUGUGACGAACUUAAUAGAAAAAAGACAAACCCAUAUGUUACAUUUUCAAAACCAAACCUUUAAUUAUAAAAUGAUGAUAAAACACGCACAUAUUUAAGUGUUGCACAGAGGGCUAAACUAAUACAUCAAGCACUAAUCUACGAAGGGGGCGCUUGUUUUGGUGGCCUGUGCCUCCCUGGAGGCGGGCAAGUCUGAUCGACUGACAUUUAUAAAUAUUAAAAGGUGACAUAUUACACCACCAGGUGUGAGUGAUGGACACACUCAAAACAUGGAACAGCUUUAGGUUGAGGGUUUUAAUUGAGCACGCCUAGCAAAAUGAAUCCUUGUCUUUGUUUGCUAUCCUGCUGUAGUGUCUUUGCAAUUUUUUCAUUUGUGUAUUUGUCAGUGCACAUUACAUACACAAUUAUCACAGUCCAUGCCCUAACAUUUUGUGUAGAUGUGUUGCAUAGGUUUCAAGCCAGUUGGCUAAUUUGUAACCCCAGUACCCGGUCAGGCAAACCUAAUAGAUACUCCAAAUAUAAUUUUUCAAAGAACUACAUAGUAGUGCGAGUUAGUCAUGCAGCCGAUGUCACGAUCAACAUUUCAGAUUAUAUCCGGUUGAAGUAUCGGUGUUUGCUAUCUGGCUGUAGUUACUGAUGUAGUUUGUGUGUUCUCUAUUCUAGUUUAGUUUGUGUGUUUGCUAUCCUUAGAUAGUUUAGAUGCUGGCUAUCCGGCUGUAGUUACUUGUCGAGUUCCCGUAGACUUCGCCCAACCCCCGGCCUUAACAUGAGCGAACACCAACACACGAAAGGCCCCCAAAAAAGAUGCAAAUGACAUCAAAGUAUCAACAGAUCCACAUGUUUAUUUAUUUGUGUUACAAAGACUAUAAAGAUCGCCACUUGCCAGACAUUCACAAGAGUGUAGGGGAAGGAAAAAAAAAACAGCAACUCAAAUGAACCAAAAAAAUUAAAAUGGAAAUAACUGGAGAGAAUCUGGACAUUGUUUUUUCGUACGGUUAUGUUUUGUCUUUUUUUUUGGUUUAUUUUAUGUUUUUUUUUUUUUUUCUCAUUUACCAUUUUUGAUCUUAACGUUUUGUUUUUAUUUUAUUAAUCCAAACCUUGGCAUUGUUGGUUUCCGAUUUUUUUAGUUCGCCGAUUUAAAGACGGUUGAUUCCAGCAGAUCAGAAUUUGUUGGCAAUGACAGCCUGUUACGCGAACAGGCUUACAGAUCCGAUAGAGAGUCCAAUAUGACUUUAAAGGCAACUUCUGUAGGAUUUUCUCCAAACGCAUCGCUGUCGAUACUGACCGCCGAGCUGUUGGUGCUAGAAUUCGGAUCCCGUGAGCCGCUUCCCCAAAAAGCAGAUUUAUCGGAAAGCCUUUUGAGCGAUUGAAAUUUAAAUUUCUGCCCGUCAUCGAGAAGAAAUAAAAUAAAAUUGAAAUCGGAAAAAUUUGAGAACUUUUACAACUUUUUUAAAAGAGACAAAGUGAAAAAUAAGCGGUUCACUUGGGACCGAUUCGUCUAACAUCAACACUUUCAACAAAAUGUCCUCUGGCUCGCGGAAUUCCUUCAAACGGGAAUUCCCGCUAUCUUGCCAGAGGAACGUCGCGGCAAAAAACAGCGAUGAAUGAAACGAGAAAUUCCUACACGUCGCUUCUUUAACAUUUAAAAAGCUCACACUACCCGAGAAAAAUAGAAAUUUCCACUCACACGAUCCACGAUAUUUCGACAUUCAACUGCCAGUGUUUUGUUUAACUGUCUUUUGGUCAAGUGACUUUCAAUAUCAUUUUUUUUUUUUAUUAGGCUUAUAAAAAUAAAUAUUUC